ACAGAUUUAGAUCAACCAAAAAUUACUUCACCGGAUACCAGACCCGUGGAAGGAACUGACGUGUCUUUAUCGUGUUUUGUUGAUGGUAAACCCACACCGACAGUAUCCUGGACUGUGAAUGGUUCUCCACUAAAUACAAGCAGAAAUUCAAGGGUUUCCCUGAGCAAUUUAAACGAGCAACUGACUAUAAUGAGCUUAGACAGAACAGACAGUGGAGAAUACCAGUGUGUGGCGCACAACAGUCUUGGAAAUGUUUCUUCCAAUCCCAGUGCACUUAGAGUGCAAUGUAAGACAAUAUUUUUUCCUUUCAAUUAUAAUUCUUAUGAAUAUCACGUGUGAAAUAGUAAGUUAAUUAAUUUCUCGAUUUUGAUAUGUUUACGAUCUUUCUACCAAGUAAAGCACUUGUCUUUUUAAUUUAUAAAGUAUCGAGGAAUUUUUAAUUUACGAAGCAUUAACUUUGGAAUCUCUUAUGCGGCGAUUAUUAAGCUUUUGGGUGAAUGCUCUCAAGUAACCGGUAGGAAACUGCCUGAUUUAGUUAUGUUGCAACAAACUACAUUUAAUGAUAUUUCAGUGACUAAAUUUAAUGAUCAAUUACCAUCAUUCGUAAAUUGUAGGAAGUAAAUUCCAGUGAAAUUAGCCAUGCUCAAGUCAGUCUGAUACAUUGCACUUCAAAAAGCUUUUUUUGCUUUAUUAUCACAACACAAAUCAGCCUGCAGAUAUUAUUUGUUAUUUGCAGAUCCACCGGCGAUCGCUUUCAAUCCCUUGAAUGCCACAAAAGAGGAGGGGGAAAAUUUCACUUGGUUUUGUGACGCUUCAGGAAAUCCAGAACCAAAUAUAUCAUGGAUCUUUAACGGGUCUCAUUUCAAUACGAAUUACAAUCCUAACAUUGUUUUUUCAAAAGACAAACGGAAAUUGACGAUUACGAAUGUUAGCAGGAAAGACAGCGGAGAAUACCAAUGUCUGGCGUCCAAUAACAUCGGAAAUGCUUCUUCCCAAGUUGCAACAUUUGAUGUACUAUGUGAGUACGAUGUGUCGUGAGAAAGACAAUCUUGCAAUUGCAUUACUUGGAAGGAGAUUAUCUUAAGAUCUAAAGAAUGAACUCAUUGAAAUUAUGGCUGAUUGCAAAUUAUUUGUAGCCAAAACCAAACAUUUAAAUCAAAAGUCGUUAAGUGGUGUCGUUUGGGUGAAGUCAGACUAGGAAUGGUUUGGUUAUCAUCGCUGUUGCUCACAACGUAAAAAUUUUGAAUACUUUUUAAACCCCAGCAAAUACUCCAUCACACCUAUGCGAAGACUUUGUGGUUGUUUACUAUUCACAAAAAACCACAAACUAACGGAAUGUUUCCUGUUACAGACAUACCAGGGAUCACUGCUCAUCCAGACAAUGUGACUGAAAAAGAAGGAGAAAAUGUCACCUUACUUUGUAACGCUAUGGGGAAUCCGGUACCAAAAAUAUCAUGGUACAAGGGAGGAUCACCUCUUAGUAACAGCUCCAGGGUUAAUUUGUCGGCGGAUAACAAACAUCUUACUAUAACGAAUGUAAAAAGAGUAGACAGCGGAGAAUACCGAUGUGUGGCCGCUAACAGCCUUGGAUACGAUACCUCCAAUCCUGCUUAUUUAGGAGUGCAAUGUAGGUGGAACAUUUUAAUCGCUUGUUCUUUCGUAUCUUACCUUUAAUUAAGAAAUUGUUUCAGAUUUUGAUGAUGUCAAAGUCGGUGUGUUUGUUUGAUGCUAAAUGGUUCAGCCUGCAUUUCCAUAUUUCUAAUUUUUUCAGCUUCCGAUGCCUAUAUCUGUUUUAGCAUUGUAGAUGACUUAGAGUAGAUUCAACAUAAAUGGGUUGUUUGUCCAUUGCCUACCUCUAGCGACAAAAUCUUCAGAUUUUCUUGACAGUUUGAAGGUAGCCAUUAAGACCUGAGUGAAAAGAGGCACUGUGAGCCAAAAACAAAAAGCUAAUAUCCUCUCCUGUAUUCGAAGCCGGACCUUUUAAUCCGAGUUCUGGCGAACUAAUCCCAUGUCUCUUUAUCCAUUUUUCUUAUAACUCCUCACUAGUUGUUUCGAUGCGACUUUCAGCUCUAUUUCUUAGUAAUUACUUAAUGAAAGUGUUUAAGAAUUGAUCGGUUCGUCCAUUGCCUAGAGCAAUUGGUAAGGUCCUUCAGGACCUCGAUUAUACCUAUAGGGAACAAGGAACAUGAAGUCACGUUAAUUUACACUAUACCGAUACGACUGAGGAGUUCGUAAGCAAUAUUAUAUAUUAGUGGCCUAAAGAAGCUUUCAGUCAUCUUCGAAUCUACACGUAAAACUAAGCAAUUCAACUCACCCGUUCAUGGCUUAUUACCCAGGACUAUAAUUUACACUCUCAUUUGGUCAAUUAAGAUUCGAGUCCAUUUUGAUGGGUGCAUCAUGUACAAGUCCUUGCCACAACCUUUUUCUUUCUUAAGUAGAGUUGACUUAGACUCAAGGGAGUCAAGGCCCAACACUGUUAUCUAUUGGUGCUUUGAUCUGACUAGAUUGUAAAUUUUGCUUGUCUCAUAUGGAUGACUGUAGUUAAACCCGAGAUCAGCCCUCUUCCACGAGUGAUUCAGAGAAUCGAAGGAGAGAAGUUGACUAUAUUUUGCAACGCCACUGGAAAUCCACUACCGACAAUAUCAUGGACUAAAGAGGGGAAUUCUGUGUACACUAGUUACGGUUCGAGAGUGAAUUUGUCUUACGAAGGAAAACAGCUCAUUGUCAAGAAUGUGAGAAAAGGAGACAAUGGAGUGUACCGAUGUGUGGCGGAAAACAGUCUUGGAAAUGUUACGUCACAUGGCACUACCUUGGAAGUGCAUUGUAAGUAGUGAGCAUUUUUGAUAAAUGAAACUUGAAGUUUUUCUUGUGAAGCUGAAAUGGUUCAUUUUGCUUUCCACGCAAGAGCCUUCCUUGGUCUUAAACGUAUUAUAAACAUCAGAGUCUCAUUAUCUCGAAAGUCUGAGGGACAACCAACUACCGAGUCGAGAUAACAAAGUUAUUAUACAUAAUCUUACUGCCUAAUUUGCACUGGUUUGAAAGGCCUAAGAAAAGUUGGCCUAAUAGGCCUUGAAUAACGGAUUCCAGAUUUAUUUGCACGCUAAAAGAUUCUCGUUAUUAUUGAUGCCAAAACGGUGCGGAACUGAAUUGGUUAAUCUAUGAAACUGGUACUUGAAAAGAUAAGAUAUCAUUAAAUAUGCAAUUUAUGCUUCGUUUUGCAAAUGUAGAUAUACCAGGAGUCACAAUGAUUGGUGGUCCACAACAAUUUGCAAUUGUCGGUAAAAUAAAGAAACUCUUAUGCGAGUACGAUGCUGUGCCACCCGUGUCUGAAGUGCAGUGGAUAAAAGAUGGAGAUGUGAUUGCUAGAAAUUCUAGUCUGCUGGUUAACGAGUCUUGCAUCUCUGUUCCACAUCACAAUGAAAGUCAAAUACAGUUACUUAUAAGUCAAAGUACCUCCCAGGAUGCUGGAAACUACUCCUGCCUUGUUAUUAAUGCUGUUGGUAACUCAUCCCAGAGGACGUCAGUCAUAAGCCAAGGUACUGUAUGCUACAAAGCACUUUACAACUACGUUUGUCUUUUUUGUUUGGCCAUGGGCAAUUCAAAUUGGUGGAACAGUGGGAAUCUCAUUUACCGUAAGCGCUCUCAUGAGGUUCUAGAGGGGCUACUUUAAAAUUCCCUCGCCAUGAUUUACUUAUCGGAGAAGCGGGUUUGCAUUUUCAUUUCAGAGAAGAACGGAAGGGAAUGAGGACCAUGCGACGUUACAACAGAAUCAAUGCAAUCCACAAUCAGAAAAUUAAUAAUUCAAAAUCUUCAGCUGUUUAAAGAACUCCGGGAUGGAACUAGUCCGUCCAAUGCCAAAAAAUACUUAAUCACAGGCGAAGACCUAAUCAUUCACGUAGAGCACCAAGAGUACUGUUUCAGAAAAAUCCAAUCUGCUCCUUUUUGUCUCAGGUUAAUCAGGAGCUUUCUUGUUUGGGAUAAAGCAACUCUCCCAUAAUUACGAAUGAAACUCUUGUGUUUGUUCUAUUCAGUGAACCAUUUCAAGUUAGAGCUGCUGGCGUAUCCUGUUUCAAGUUAGUACCUUGAUUGAAAAUACAAAUGUCACAAUUAGAGGGAACGUUAAAUAUCAAAUUAAGUAACUCUUGCUUCUUUUUCACACAGAGCUGCCCCUAAUCACCACCCGUCCAGAAGGGAAAAUUCUCAGAGAGGGAGAAAAGAUAACUCUGUCCUGUAACGCCACCGGAAAUCCAGAACCAUCAAUAUCCUGGGUCAAAGAUGGAUCUCCCAUAAACAGCAAAUCUAGGAUCGGCCUUUCUAAAGACAAUAAGCGAUUGACAAUAACGAAUAUUUGCAGAACGGAUAGCGGUGAAUACCAAUGUGUGGCGAGAAACAGAGUUGGAAAUGAUACCUCAAAUUCCAGAGUGGAUGUUCUUUGUGAGUGUCGUACACUCUUUAUUUCCAGGUCUUCUACUGUCAUCUUCCAAAUCCAUAACGUAGUACACUGUAUGUUAUUUUUUGGUGCUGUGUAUCUUGAGAUUACCACACGAAUGUAUAGAAAACGUAAUGUAGUCAUUGUACAAUUCCUGCACCAAAACGCAAUAUCUAACGAAUUUAUUAACUAUUAGUCAGCUCUCCAAAUUCGUUUUCUCUUGUUUUGGUCAGAGCAACACGUAUUAUAUAUAUUUUAAUUAUCACGAUCAGUAAAUUAUACAACGGACAAGGUGAGAACUGUUAAAUACGUUUGGAAAGAGAUUACUAUUACAUGAACAUGGAAAUUUGUAUUAUUUUUUUAAAUAACUUUUUUAAUGAUAAUACUGUAUUUUGUUAGAAUUAAUUUCUCUAACACUCGUUUGUGGUUUGGUUGAUCCUUCUUUAUUUACUUUUCUUCUCAAGUUGUUACAAUGGGGACUAGCCUCAAUAUAUCAGGGAAAACUAGAGUCUCCGCUUAUAAAGGUGACACUGCGGAUGACAUUUCUAAGCCGUCAAUCUUCUUGUGUCGUCAUCGUACCAUCUCAACUAGCGAAUCACGCUUGACUACGUAUUAUAGUUCCCACAUACUGAGUAAGCACCUUAGGGUUGUCUACGCAGUUACAAAAUCAAUUUCUUCCCUGAUUUUCAUAUCUUUACGGUUGAGAUCGGCCAGAACAGAAACGAGAUCAACAAUAUAAAAAUUACAAAUAACCUUGGUGUAGAGUAUUAUUUAUACCUGAAAGUGUAUCUUAAGAGAAAAUCACCUUUAAAGAUUGUUACAUAACAUCAUCUUGGUCACAAGAGUUAAAGAAGAAAGGCGCUCACAAGUACCGCCCCCAAAUUGCUUCUUGUUGCGAAACAUGAGGGGCAUCACCUGUUUACCCUUAAAUUACCUCUGGGAACACGAAGGUGUCGAACGCGACCUAUUACCUGGGAGAUUUACUCUUCCUGGACUUACAAAUUAACUUAUUUAAGAACAUGGCGUAUCACGAGUUCCAUGUCAACCUCACGAUCACAACGAAGAAAACGUGAUUAAACUCACUAGGAGAACGUGGCCAAACUCACAAGAAGAACGUGAUCAAACUCGACCUUUAAGAUAAGACCACCAAGAAGGAGUACGAAGUAAUCAACCUGCCCUUUUUAUAAUUUACAUUAAAUGAAUUAGAAUAAAAUAAUAUUUCCACCCCUUUUCUUUCCAAUACCAAUACAGGAAACCCUUACGAUAUUGUAGAUUAACUAUAAUUGUAAUUUUAUCAUUUAACAAAUUCUCCCUACUUAGACGGAGCUGUCCCCAGCUCCCAAAAGAGUUAUGAAUAUGCGGUUAGAUAAGUGGAUACAUUCUUAAGCGGAUAUAUCGUUAAGGUUGCUAACAUAAAACACCAAAAUACCGUUGUGACAAAAUACGGGGAGUAAAUAAGCCCUUUUUCUUUGUUUUUUUUUGUUUUUUUUGUUUUUUUUUGUUUGUUUUUUGUUUUUUUUAAAUACCUGUAAAAACUGGUGUGGUUCGCUGAAGGGGUAAAUAAAAAAAAAUUAUGCGGUCGUUGAGCCGUUAGUUGGACCUAGUUGUUCACGAGCAGUAAACUUCACCGCUCAAGUGAAUAGGCAAAACCAAUAUAGCCACGAGCAGUUAACUUCACCGCUCAAUUGGUGCUCAACGAACUAAGAAAGAAAUAAGUACUAAUUAUGUAAAUAGAUUUAAACCGGUGCAUGAGGGUAACUGUACAUGACCAGGAACAAAAAAGGAUACGUAAUCAAGAAAAAUAGGUAGCGGCAAAAGAUUGAGCCAAAACGGCGUAACUGCUUUUGCGUAAAAGCUCGAGUAAAUUCUCUGUGAAGGGGGAGCGAAUGCGCAUAUGGCGAGGGAUAUAAAUUUGCAUUAAAUCAAAAAUGACAUGUGUCGGAAAAAGGAGAUAAUCGCAGAGGCGAAUAACUGAAAAAAACAAACGAGGGGCAAAAACAGUCUGAGGAGUUUGUUCCAGAAAAUCUAAAAUGAAAUCGACUUCUAAAGAAGUAAAAGUUGCGGGGAGACAAAAUUGUUGUGAAGUAUGUUCAGUUUGGCAAUGUUGACAUAGGGAAACAGUAUACUGGUUAUCAUGGCGUGCCAAAUAUGCCUCAUAAAAAUCACUAGAAAUUGAAAGUAAAAAGGGUGAAACUGGGCGAGAAAAACCAUAUGAAGGAAUACAAACGAAAUGAGUUCUCUCUGACGACUCCGCCAAUUGAGAGAUGCGACGGGAGAGGUCGAAAUCCAUGGCGUGAAAAUCUGGAACAGACAAGAAGAGAAAGGCGAAGCGAAAAUUGAUGUAGUUGGUGGCAUAAUUGCAAAUGAAAUAUUUGGAUGGAUAUAAACUAAGGAAUAGCACACAGUUGAAAAGAAUUCGUUGGAAAAACUACGCAAUACGUUGGACUGAAGGUCAGUGAAAGAGAAGACGUUGAAAAUUUGAUUUGCGCGAAAAAUAAACACAAGUGAAAAAAAAUAAACACAAGCGAAAGAACAACAUUGGUUGAGUCAUUUGGCGAAUGGAAGACGAAUCACUUCGAAGUGAGAACGGUUUGAACAAUGAGCAUACAUAGCGAUAGCAGCCUUUGAAAUAUACACAUCAGCGUGAACAAUUAAAAAAAAGAUAUGAAUAUUCUUAUAGCGGAACCGGCUUGUUACAAGUAGGACACACCGAAUUUUGAUUUUGUGAAGUGGCUGGUUGUAAGUCGUGUAAUUCAUGGUCGUCAGCGUUAGCUGUAGCCGUGUCGUUACGUUGCGCGGGGGCGCGUUUGCGUCGAAACAAAACAGAGGUUGACAUCGAUGGAAAGGAUUUUGGCCUAAUGGAACGACAGUAUAGAAUUAUGAAAACAAUUAUGAAAACUAUAGAAUAGAAUAGAAACUAUAGAAUAGAACUAUAGAAUUAUGAAAACAAAACUAUGUGGUGGUUGAUUGAACCUCGUGUAGGUGGGAUAUCUCGUUUUAACGUUGCUAACCGGGUAGUAAGUUGCCCAUCUAGUAUACGAAAAGUGUGGUCUAAAGAAGUCAUUGUUUUGUUGUCGAAUUGAAGCGGCGGGGUCAGAUUCAAUGAGCUGUAAUGUAAUCGCAAAGUUUUGUCGUCGUUAUGUGUCCACGGAAUGUAGCGAAAUGAUUUAUGAGAGAAAAGUGGUAGAUGAAAGGUGAUGCAGUCCGGACAAGUUCCCAGACCGGUUUGCUGAGAGGCGAAUGUGAGAUCACAGGGAAAAUGAUAAACGACAAGAGGAGAAAUAUGUAGAAUGUGAGAAGAACCGUUGGUGGUGUUGUAAACGUUAAUUGAACCAUGCUGUGUAGAUAAGUAAUAACGUCCUCCUUAAUGAAACAAUUCGUUGAUAUUUGAGCAAUCGGGUGCCUUUUGGUGGCGGCGAACGAAAUUAAAUUGAGUGUCUCUGUGCCAGGGAAGGCCCAACCAACUAGUGUCAUUGACCAGUUGUAAAAGGUGUUGAGGGCAAAUAAAGGUUUCAUCGGUUCGAUAACAUUUACCCAAAAGGGAACGAUAUAAGAUAUAUUCGGUAUGUUGGCAUCGAAGUAAUGCUAAUUCAUCUCGAAUAACUGGACCUUGGAAACAAAUGCCUGAAAGGUUGUAUUUGAGUGGCAUUAAGUACUCAAUUGUGUAAAGACUGUUGUCCGAAGUUAGUUCUAAUAUGGUAAAAAGAAAAUUAAUCCCAACUGACUUCCCCAUGUGGUAUUGGUAAUCUACGAAAGGUUGUAUUAAGAGGGGGUAUCCCGCGCUCAAUGCCGUAAUAGUAUCCUGUAAGGAUGGUAUUGUUUCUAGUCUGUGCUGUAGAGCGGCAGCCACAGACUAGGGUAAUUCGUUAAACCCGACUAAUUGUUUGUUAUGUAAUUUAUGUGCCUGAUGUAAAAUAUCAUUAAUUUCUGUGAAACGGAGUUGUUGCGAAAAAGUUCGGGUAACCUCUAAAGAAAACUUCGAAAAACGUUCCAUGAAAUUGUUAAAAUGACAAUUCUCGUGCUUAGCGAACAAUUUUAGCUGAGUUUGCCAAUCGGAGAAAGUCGAGUCAAUCUGGCGAAGAGCAGAUUGAAGUUGGUUAACCUUGAUAACCAAUCGGUCGGUAACUUUGGCGAGAUAUACAGUUUUGCCAUUAACCGUUCGUAUCAGAUAACCCAUGGUUUGCGUGGCCCUAAGUGAUGCCGUAAACGUCUGAAUAAGACUCAAAACAUUAUUCUUUUCACAAGAUCUUCCUAGGACUUUGGUAUAGAAAAAACCGUGGAAUUCCUAAAACACCAGCCGAACAAGCCCAAGGCGUCGUUCGUCUUCGCCUAGACCCUCUUUUGCGAUUUUGCUGCGUUUCCAGCAACCAUCGGCGUUCCUUCGCGCUUAUGUUGUCACAUUGCUUCAGAGCCCACAGUUUGCAUUCGUUCAGUGAUGUUUUAUAUGCAUAGGGACAAUUCAUUGUCGAACUAAACCCGGUGGAAUAGUGGUAGUAUCUGCGCAAAUAAGAAUCGCAUUCGAUCAGUGAGGUAUAGCUAUGCAUGGACAUAAGUCGUUACCUAGCCCUUUGAGAGUUAUAUAUCUGUUCUAAUAAUUGGUUAAAAAAUUUUGAAGUGUCCUCGACGCAAGUGUUAUUAAUGGUGAAUUUGGUGCCCAUAUCUGGUGCUCGCAAAUCAACGAAUAGGUUAAACAGUUUGGUAUUUUUAUAGAACACGACUGGGUGUGGAUUGUGUGAAAUCAUGAGCGAUUCAGGGUAAUAGGUCACCCGCUUACCAUUAAGAUCAUAGUCGGUGAAAAAGGAGUUUCGAUCUUCCUGUGCAUGUACAGCUACAAACGAUAAGGUGAAUAACGGAACUAGUAGUAUUAGUACAGUUCUACUUAGACUUUUUGUUGAACUCGUCCAAAAGUCGGGAAUCCAAAAUGUUUUCUUCGGGUUCCCAUGUAUUUUCGGAGGAUGGGUAGUUGGCCCACUUAACCAGAUAUUGUACCUGACCAUUUCGUCUGCGGGACUUGAUAAUCUUUUCGCCAUGGUAGACAUCCGGUUCGUUAAAAGGAUCUGGAGAAUCAACAGGAGUUGAGUUAACAGUCGUACUUACAUCUGUGUCAGAUACAGCAUUAGCGUUGUUAGUAGAUGUAGGGCCUGCUGGCUCAAAACUGUCUGCGGGUACAGGUAGCACUGAGGUAUCAAAAGGUAAAUCGUCAGGAUCAUCCUCUUUAGGAGGUAAAAUUGGGCGGUCCCCAGGGUCAUAAAAAUGUUUCAAACGGUUGGCAUGGACUGUGGUGGCCACUAGGCGAUUGUCACAUGUGCGAACUUGGUAAUGUACCGGUGAAAGUUUUCGGCAGAUGCGAAAAGGUCCGUUCCAUUUAGGUAGGAGCUUCUUGCUUAAUCCUCGCAAUAGAUAGAAAGGGGUAUCCCCUAUGGAUACACACGGAGAUGUGCGAUAGGCGAAUAAAAUGGCAGGGAUAUAGACAUCCCAGUCCAGUUGGUGUCAACUGACAUAUGAGGAAAUAGCUUCAGCAAGUGUAUUGUUGAAACGUUCUACAAGUCCAUCCGUCUGAGGAUGAUAAGCCGUAGUGUUUACCUUUUUGGUGUUAAGCAGACGACACACUUCUGUUACGAGGGGGGAGAGGAAAUUGCUUCCACGAUCGGACAAAAGAGUUCGUGGGGCGCCAUGGCGAGUGAAAAUUUCAUCUACCGGCAAACGGGCUAUAACAGGAGCCUCAAUAGAAGGAACAGGGAACGCUUCCACCCAUUUGGUUAAGUACUCAGAAAAAACCACAACAUACCUGUUUCCUAAUUUGGAAGGUGGGAACGGUCCAAUGAUGUCACAAGCUAGACGAUCAAAGGCAUCCUGAACCGGUAUGGGUAACAGGGGAGCUUUAUGCCUGUUCCUGGGGCUUUUCCUCAUUGCACAAUCGCAACAACUGCGACACCAGUGGUUCACAUCCGAAAACAUUUUUCGCCAGUAGUAGCGUGUGCGCAGUUUCUCAUAAGUCUUAACUGUGCCAAAAUGUCCACCUGUAAGGUCAUCAUGAGCCCACACGAGAAUUUCCAGGUAGACAAUCAGGUCUGACAGAUCGGGAUCAUUCCGCUGUAGUUCGUGCACUCGAGAGAUUUGAACGCCUGGGGUGUCAAGAGCUUAAACGGAUGGCGAAGAAAUGGUAUAUGGUCGGCGAGAGAGUGCGUCCGCAUUCGCAUUGGCUGUGCCUGGACGGUGUUUGAUUUCGAAAUCAUACUGCUGAAGGAGGAGAGACCAUCGAGCUAACUUGCCUGUCGGGUCAGAUAUGGACAUUAACCAUUAUAAGGAAUGGUGAUCGGUGUGCAAAAUGAAUUUGCGGCCAUACAGGUAUGGCUCAAACUUCUUUAUCCCAAAGACCACAGCUAAUGCUUCUCUUUCUGUUGCACUAUAAUUUCGUUCAGCAGCAUUAAAAUCUCUACCCGCCUAUGCUAUUGCGACUUCCUUGCCAUCCUGAAUUUGACCUAAUGUAGCGCCUAUACCUUCGUUAGAAGCAUCGAUAAAGAGUUGAAAGGUCUCUUUGAAAUCUGGAAAGGCUAGUGUAGGGGCACACACAAGGGCAGCCUUUAGAGUCUCGAAAGCCUGUUCGCAAAUGUCCGUCCAAACGAACUUUUGAUCUUUGCGUAAUAACUUAUUCAAAGGAGCUGCAAUUUUGGAGAAAUCCUUAAUGAAACGACGAUAAUAGUUAGCCAAACCAAGAAAAGACCUCGGCAAUGGGAAGGAGUCCUUUCUUGUAACAGCAUUUAAACGCCUAAAGUCUACAACGAAACGUACCAUCUUUCUUUUUCACCAGAAUAAUGGGAGAAGCCCAGGGGCUGGUACUGGGCUGGAUUAUGCCCCUAUUUAACAUGUCAUCCACAUGUUCUUCAAUAAUUCCGCGUUGGGUGUCAGAGACGCGAUAAGGGCGUUGACGUACUGGAGGAUGAUCGCCUGUAUCAAUGCGAUGUUGGACUAAACCAGUGCGGCCGAGCUCCUCCGGUUUUAAGGCAAAAAUAUCACGGUAUUCUGCGAUUAAGGCCGUUAGCUGGGUUAAUUGGGGUCCGUCAAGAGUAGAGGAAGUGAGGUCUAAAAGCACUGUUUCAUCAUCCUCUGAAGGAGGAGUGGGCGUAACAGAAGCUUCAACGAUGUCGAUGACAGACAUAGAACCUGCUGAAGGCGUAAAAAUUCCCAUAGUUGACGAGCUGAGAUGCUCCACAAACGUGAUACCUCUCAGCCAAUUUGGGAUUAUGCUCAAUGAGGCCAGUUUUGCCUACAGGUAGAGAAGACUUGGGGGAAACAGGAUUCGGAAAGAGGUGGUGGGAUAUAUGUGGCACAGGCAUGUACUGAGAUCGGUUCUUCAGUGUUAGAACUGGUGAUAGGAAAGGAAGAUUGUAAGGGUACUACAUUGCAAGCUCCAAGGAUCAAGGUAUGUUCCUUGAGGUCAAUAACAGAGCUACACUGUGUAAGAAAAUCUCUUCCGAGAACGACGGGAUAAGAGAGGUUGGCAAUAACAAGGGUAUUAGAGAUGUAGGUGCGAUCUCCAAUCAAGAAAGUAAGGGUGGCUUGGCCCCGGACUGGGAGUUGCUCACCACUUACUGUGCGCACUGAGGGUAAGAGUGACGAUUGUAAUGUUGGAGGCGUAGGCAAGGUGGAAAGGAAAGCGUUACUAACUGCAGUAACCGAAGCACCAGUGUCAAUCAACAUCGAGGUUUCAUGAUCUUGUAUAGAACCAGUAAUAGAAAGGCUAGCAGAGGGUAACCUUACCUUGGAAUCCAUUGCAUUGAUGUGUGAACUGUGUUGUUCGUUAUUCUCACCAGCGCUGUGGGAUUCUGCCAAAGUUGGCGUACAAGAAACCAGUAUGUCCGCGGAACCUAAAAAGCGCUCUGUGGGUGGAAAAUCCGCCGGAAACUGGUCGCCUAACUGAGUAGAUAUAGGGGGCGUGACGGACUCUUGCCUUACUUGAUCAAGGUUAGACAUAUCUGCCGAAUUUUCCCCAUUCCCCUGGUGGGCACUGGUUGCAAACUGAGUUAGUUGAAAAUCAUUAUCGUCUUUGCGAGUAAUUUGGAAAUUCCCUUUGUGAGGAGUCACAUUGGUUUCUUCGCUGUCAGCUUUUAAAAACUGUCCACUUGAUAAUUUUUCACUGAAACGUAAUGAGUCCCCUUGUAAAACUUCGGUAAUUGCAUAAUUUUUGUCGUAGGCCAAUGUUGGCCCAAAGUGAACUGUAUUCUCUCCUAAAAGUGUUUCGGUAGCAUUUUGAUUCAAAUAACUGUUGUCCACCUCGUUGUCAUUGUCAGAAAUUUUCUCCUCGUGUAAAAUUUCAUUGAUUUGGCAGCAGACAUGUCCUGAUUCAUUGCUAAGCUCAUGAAAAUUUCCUUUUGCAUUUUGUCCUUGUAAAUCGCAGUGGACAUUGUUAAACUCAUAAAAAUUCUCGUCUGUGUUUUCGCUUGGUAAAUCGCAGGGGACACUCUGAGGCUCAUGAAAAUUUUCAUCUGUAUUUUUGCUUUGUAAAUCGUAGUGGUCAUGGUUGAGCUCAUGAAAAUUCUCUUCUGUAUGUUCUCUUUGGAAAUUGUAGUUUGCCUCAAUGUGAAAAUGUUGCGGAUCUGUAAUUUCGUUUCCAAUAUCUAUGGUAUUACCAUUAUCUUUGUUUUGAGCUUGAAAAUGGACGUUUCGUUUUUCAUGAGGAGUUUCUCACAAUUGACGUGUCUUUCUAAAGGUGCCUUGAGGUAGGCAACUUCAGUCAUGUCGUCACAUGGAUAAUUUGUUUGUAAGCUAUAUCGCGACAUAUAUUCUAAAUUGGAACCGUUUCAUGUACACAGUACAACUAAUAUCUAGUUGAGCAUAUUAUUAUCUGACGUCAUGUAGCCUUUCUCGAUAAAGAGCUUCCUUUUGUAGCACCACUUAUGUCCUUGAACCGAAAGAUUGAGGAAUAAUCAGUCAGUUGUCUGACAGCCUGUCCGUGCAGCAAAAAUUACGCUGAAAAGCAAACCGCGAGCCAAGUGGUCGCACAACGUAAUUUGUUAUCAUGCCAUAUUUAUUUGUUCUUGUUAGUCCUAUGCAAAGUAACAUUUUUCGGAAAUUGCAGUUCCAGCUGAUAUCGUCUCUCAUCCUCAAGCGAAUGUCACAAAAGAAGAGGGAAGUAAUUUGACUUUAUUUUGUAAUGCCGCUGGAAACCCAGCACCGAUGAUACUGUGGACCAAAGAUGGAUCUCCCUUAAACAACAAUUCCAGGAUCAGGUUUUCAAUAGAUAACAGGCAAUUGAUCAUAUCAAAUGUGAAAAGAACAGACAGCGGCCACUACCGAUGUAUAGCGAACAACAGCCUGGGAUAUAAUACCUCAAACGUUGCUGCUGUUGACAUCCAAUGUAAGUUCUCAUCUAACUUCUAUACUGGUAUGAAUACUCUUUCUCUUAACCAGGGUAUGAGUAGCGUUUUGAUACUCGGCGUCGACUGACGGCAGCUUUCACGCUUGUUUCUCCAAUUCACCCUCUUUUUGUUUCCGUCAACUUUUGUUAUAAUUAUUGUCUACUAAACAUGACCUUUGAAUGGCAUUUGCUCCUACCCUCUGCAGUACACCUUCCAUUAUAUGCCCUUUUUUACAGCAUAAAACGAAAGUACAGUCAUGCAUGCAUUUCUAUGCAGACGUUUUGUUUAUCAGUUGCCCUUUGCUAACAAGAUUAAUUUCAAAAUUGCAGAUAAACCUGAGAUUACUUCUCAUCCUAAAAGUGUGGAUAUAAAAGAAGGAGGAAACGUGACCUUUUCUUGUAAUUCUACUGCAAAUCCAUUACCGACAACAUCAUGGACUAAAGAUGAAUCGGCUAUAACAAACGAUUCGAGGAUCAGUUUUUCAGUUGUCAAUAAAGUUUUGACAAUAACGAAUGUGAACAGAAAUGACAGUGGAGAAUAUAGAUGUGUGGCGAGCAACAAACUUGGAAACGAUUCAUCAAAAGCUGCUGAAUUAAAUAUGAAAUGUGAGUGCAUUUGAUUUUCCUUUAAGGUACCACUUACAAACAGAACAGAGUAUUUUAAUACGCAAAGUGUCUUUCGCAGAAAAUACCUUUAAGUAACGUUUGCGGGGAAAUGGAUAUUUUGAAAUCUUCUUUUUUGAGUCCUCGAAAACGAUUACGAAAUGCGCAUAGGAAAUAAUUUAGUCUGAGAACAAACUCUCCCAUGAAUGGCCGUAAUAAGGUGGUCGGGAAUAGGCUUUAACCCUUUAACUCCCAUAAGUGACCAAGAGGGAUUUCUCCUUACAGUGUCAAUGCAAUAUUAAGCAGACAAGUAAUGAGAAUAAAGAAAAAUAGCGAUUAGGGAAUAACUAUUAGAUCCAAUACUAAAUUCUCUGAAGUAACAUUAUAAGAAUUUUAUGGUUGACAUUAAAGACAAUUACAAGUUUGAUCUGGGAGUUAGAUGGUUAAAAGAUUUGGAAGUGAGCACAUCUUAGAUGAAAGCUAUUAGAAAUAACUACUAAAGAAAGAGAUUUCUUCCUGUAAAACACGUUUGAUAACUCCGUAAUAUCUCCAUCAUCUUGCCAAAACUGUACUGAGCACUUUUUCAAGAUAUACGCAAAAAAUGUUUGUUCAAAAAAUUUUACCACAACCUGUUGUAUAGUAACAUGAUUGUAAAAAACAAUUUCUAUGCAAAGCUCUGCUUAUUGUGUUUGUUUGUACAACUCAGAUCGCCCUGAGAUAACAAAACAACCGCAGAAUGUUACGGAAACAGAAAUAAAUAAUGUGACCUUAACUUGUAAUGCUACCGGAAAUCCAGAGCCACAGGUUUCGUGGUUUAAAGAUAAGGAUCUCGUGGAAAGCACUAACAGGAUUUAUUUGUCAGCGAACAACUCGCUCCUGACAAUAACAGAUGUGAACAGAAACGGCAGCGGAGGAUACCUGUGUGUCGCCCAUAAAGAAGUUGGAAACGAUUCCUCGAAAAUUGUGGUAUUAGAUGUACAAUGUAAGUAAAGCACUAUCCAUAGAAUUAUGUGCUUUUAGCAGAAGUGAGACAAGGCUUUUAAUUGUGAAGUGCGCAUACAGGUUGUUUCAUAAGUUCGUGCCCUUUUUUGAACUUUCCUAACUGUCUGUUUUAUGAAGCCUUGCAAAUCACAAGCCAUGUUUACAUUUUUCCUAUGGACAUCUUCAGUAUCCCACAUAUCCCCCUUUGCUGCUGAAUCUCCGUUUCAUUUUUUUCCAUUUUUUGAAAUAUUACAAGCAUAUGUACUGUUCGCUUCAAAACCAGUCAGAGAUUACCAAAAGGGAUUUUUCCUAAAUAAUGAUUUGUUUGUAUUUUUACGUUCAUUACACUUCAGUUUUCGCUAGCAUAAAUUUAGAGAGAACAGUAAUCGAAUUGGUAAGUCCCAGAUUGCGCACGGAAACGUUUCCCUUUAUUCAGAUGAGUCAUUUGUCUCGCUGAGUUGUUUCUAAAGCGCAUUGUCUGGUUAAUAUCCAUUCACACCAGCAAAACAUAUUUAAGUAAACUGAGUUCAACUGAAUGAUAUUAGGGUACAAAGGGCUUAAAAAAAACAUAAUUUCCAUAGGUUUCAAGUCGUCACAAACUUGUAUUUUUAAUGUGCUUAAUUUGAGGUCGACAAAAAUCGGCUUAAGCAGCUUCUCGGAAGUAAACAAUUUAAACCCGUGUUAAACAAAAUAGCUUUAAAACAUGUUUCCGCUUUGGUUUGAAUUAGGUAUAAGUGGGUUUUUUGUACAUUGUAGAUCGACCUGAGAUAGCUACUCAACCGCAGAAUGACACAACAACAGAAGGAAGAAAUGUGACAUUAACUUGUAAUGCUACUGGAAAUCCAGAGCCAGUGCUUUCAUGGUUCAAAGAUAAAAAUCUCGUGAAAAGCAGCCGCAGGAUCAGCUUUCCAGCAGACAGCAAGCUGUUGAAGAUAACGAAUGUGUACAGAACAAGUAGCGGAAAAUACUUGUGUGUCGCUCUUAAUGAAGUUGGGAACGCUUCCUUGAAAAUUGCCUUAUUAAAUAUUCAAUGUAAGUGAGCACUGUACGAAGAAUUAUUUACUGGCAGCAGAGCUAAGAUCAAACUUUAAUAUAUUGUCCUUAUUCUUUAUAAUCAGCGUACACGGGUCUGCUUUCAAGUGGGUUUUUUUUUUCCAAAAAGUGAACACUUUUCAGAAUAAUUAACUAAGUACCAUUUGUAUACUGAGAUACUGAGUAGAUAAAGCGCUAGGAUAGAAUUCCUAUCCGUCUACCAAUUUCGUUUCAGAUGAACCGGAAAUUAUCACUGAUCCUUCUGAUGACAAGGUAAAGGAAGGAAAAAGCAGGACCUUACAUUGCAACGCGACUGGAAAUCCAUUACCUGCAAUAUCAUGGAAAAAAGAUGAAUAUUCUAUUGGCAGUAAUUCCAGGAUAAGUUAUUCAGCAGAGAGUAAUGAGCUGACGCUAAUAAAUGUGUACAGAACAGACAGUGGAAAAUGCCAUUGUGUGGCUAACAAUCGCAUUGGUAAUGCCAGCUCAUAUGCUGCUACAUUAGUUGUAGAAUGUAAGUAUUAACAAUAAUAAUUAUGAUAAUAAUAAUAUUUAAUGAAGGAAGCCAACUCGCCAAGGUGGUUUUAAGUGGGGCCAAGUAAAGUAUUUAGAGAAUUCUUCUACCUCAUUCGGUAGAAAGUCAGCCCGAAAUUCUGGAAAACAGUCAUUUUGGUCUUGCAAGUCAUUUCAAUUUGUUCAGUCAUGUCUGCCGUAAACAUUAACGACCACUGAAUUUUCGAGUUCAAAAAGAUGUUGGCGCCUAUAGCUAGUGUUGCAAAUGUUCAUUGCAAUUGUUUUACAAUUGUAGUUAAAAGUUAGAUUACCAGACAUCCUAAAAGUGGGGAUAUAAAAGAAGGAGGCAACGUGACCUUCUCUUGUAAUUCUACUGCAAACCCAUUGCCGACAACAUCAUGGACUAAAAAUGAAUCGCCUUUAACUAAUAAUUCGAGGAUUAGUUUAUCAGUAGUCAAUAAAGUUUUGACGAUAAUGAAUAUCAACAGUAAUAACCACAAAAGAAAUAAAUUUCUUCAUGUAAAACACGUUUGAUAACUCCAUUUUAUCUUCAUCAUCUUGCAAAAACUGUACUGAACACUUGUUCAAGACAUACGCAAAAAUGUUUGUUCGAGAAUUUGAUCACAACCUGUUGUAUAGAAACAUAAUUGUGAAAACAAUCUAUGUGCAUAGGCUUGCUAAGAGAGUUUGUUUGUACAUUCCAGAUCGCCCUGAGAUAACAAAACAUCCUCAGAAUGUUACGGAAACAGGAAGAAAUAAUGUGACCUUAACUUGUAAUGCUACCGGAAAUCCAGUGCCACAGUUGUCAUGGUUUAAAGAUAAAGAUCUCGUGGAAAGCAACGACAGGAUUUAUUUGUCAGCAAACAACUCGCUCCUGACAAUAACAGAUGUGAACAGAAACGACAUCGGAGGAUACCUGUGUGUCGCCCAUAAUGAAGUUGGUAACGAUACCUCGAUAAUUGUCAUAUUAAAUGUAAAAUAAUGUAAGUAAAGCGCUAUCCAUACAGUUAUGUACUGCUAGCAGAGGUGAGACAAGGCUAUUAAUUGUAAAGUGCGCAUACAGGUUGUUUCAUCAGUUCGUGCCAUUUUUUGAACUUUCCGAACUGUCUGUUUUAGGAAGCCUUGCAAGUCACAAGCCUUGUUUACAUUUUUUCUUUGAACAUUUUCAGUAUCCUGCAUGUCCCCCUUUGCUGCUUAAGAUACGUUUCAGCUUUGCCAUUUCUUGAAAUAUUACAGGCAUAUAAACUGUUUGCUUUAAAACCCAGUCAGAGAUUACCAACCGUGAUUUUUCUUAAAAAAAUAUUUAUUUGUAUUUUUACGUUUAUUCCUUUGGGAAAGGUAGGGAUAGAAAUUUGCUAAGUGAUAGCGAAGCAGACACUUCAUUUUUCCCUAGCUUAAAUGGAGACCAAACGGUAAUUGAAUUGUAAGUACCGGAUUGCGCACGAAAACGUUCCUCUUUAUUUAGAUGAGUCGUUUGUCUCGCUGAUUUGUUCAACUCCACAAUGCAUAGUCUAAUUAAUAUCUAUUCACACCGGCAAAACAUAUUUAAGCAAACUGAGUUUAACUUAAUGAAAUUAUGACACAGAGGACUAAAAGACACAUUUUUCCUUAGGUUUCAAGUCGUCACUGGUAUUUCCGAUGUGCUUAAUUUGAAGUGGACAAAAGUCGGUUUGAGCAGUUUCUCGGAAGUAAACAAUUUAAACAUGUGUUCAACAAACAGCUUUAAACCAUGUUUCCGCUUUGGUUUGAAUUAGGUAUAAGUGGGUUUUUGAAAAUUUGUAGAUCGACCUGAGAUAGCUACUCAACCGCAGAAUGACACAACAACAGAAGGAAGAAAUGUGACAUUAACUUGUAAUGUUACUGGAAAUCCAGAGCCAUUGCUUUCUUGGUCGAAAGAUGGAAACCUCGCGAGCAGCAACAGGGUCAGCUUUUUAGCAGGCAACAAGCUGUUGACGAUAACGAAUGUGAAAAGAUCAGAUAGCGGAAGUACCUGUGUGUCGCUCAUAAUAAAGUUGGGAACGCUUCCUCGAAAAUUGCCAUAUUAAAUGUUCAAUGUAACUGAGCACUGUACGAAGAAUUAUUUACUGGCAGCAAAGCUAAGAUCAAACUUUAACAUAUUGUCCUGUUUCUUUAUAAUUAGCGUACACGGGUCUGCUUUCAAGUGGGUUUUUUUUCUCGAAAAAGUGAACAUUUUUCAGAAUAAUUAACCAAGUACCAUUUGUAUACCGAGAUACUGAAUAGAUAAAGCGCUAGGAUAGAAUUCAUAUCCGUCUAUCUAUUUCGCUUCAGAUGAACUGGAAAUUAUCACUGAUCCUUCUGAUGACAAGGUAAAGGAAGGAAAAAACAGGACCUUAUAUUGCAACGCGACUGGAAAUCCAUUACCAGCAAUAUCAUGGAAAAAAGAUGGAUAUUCUAUUGGCAGUAAUUCCAGGAAAAGCUAUUCAGCAGAGAGUAACGAGCUGACGAUAAUAAAUGUGUACAGAACAGACAGUGGAAAAUACCAUUGUGUGGCUAACAAUCGCAUUGGUAAUGCCAGCUCAGAUGCUGCUACAUUAGUUGUAGAAUGUAAGUAUUAAUAAUAAAAAUAAUAAUAAUAAUAAAAAAAAAAAAAUAAAAAUAAUAAUAAUAAUAAUAAUAAUAAAAAUAAUAAUAAUAAUAAAAAUAAUAAUAAUAAAAAAAAUAAUAUAAUAAUAAUAAUAAUAAUAAUAAUUAAAAAAUAAUAAUAAUAAAAAUAAUAAUAAUAAUAAUAAAAAUAAUAAUAAUAAAAAUAAUAAUAAUAAUAAAAAUAAUAAUAAUAAUAACCAAGAGAGGGAAAUUAACAUAAGGCUUCUUGAAAAAGAGUGCAAGAUCAUUUCAGCAGUGUCCCUGAUCAACUUCAUGGAAAAGAAGAAAUCUACCCUAAAAGUAUUUUGCCGCCAAUAAAAGCAGGAUGAAUCGCGUAAAGUAAAUCGUCGAUUUCAGUGUGACCCUGGACUGAUUUACUCAGAGCUGGAUGAAAUGGCAAAGUCCGACUCAAAGGACGAUCUACCUACCUUCGAAGUGGUACAUCAAGACAAUGAGGCCAAUGAGAAAUGUCAGCUCAACGAUAUCGAUGAAGCAAACUCCUUUUGGAUAAAUCUAUGGGAGAAAGAAGGUCAAGGAAACGCUAAUGCUGAGUGGUUACAAGAGAUUUCAUCAGCAUUUGCCAGAAAUGUUCCCUCUUCAUCUGAAAGGGAUUGUAGGUUGGACGCAGAGGCUGUAGAAAAGGCCCUGGAAAAUAAGAAAAACUGGGGUGUUCCAGGCCUCGAUAAAAUUGUCAACUACUGGUGGAAAAAGUCGACUGUGGUGCACAAAGAUAUGGAAAAAGCUUUCCAAGCAAUCAAUGAAGGGUCUCACGACCUCCCUCAGUGGUUUUCAGAGGGGAGAACCAUCUUGGUGCCAAUGCCUGGCAACUAUACGAGCGACAACCAAAGACCAAUUACGUGUCUGAACACCGUGUACAAGUGGUUUCCAUCUUGCUUGUUGCCCCCGACUGUAGUAAACAUUAGUGCAUAAACCGUUGCCUUCAAUUGAUAUUUUAAUGUCUAGAAAAUUUCUAGACAUUAAAGGAAAUUUCCCAGGUAUAUUUAAGAGCCGGAUGAAAGGAAUUGACGGCGGUUAUAAAUUGAGUGAGCUCGUCUCUGGCAAAGGAGGUAGCGCCGAUGCAAUCGUCAAUGUAACGGCCGUAGAGUUCAGGUUUUAGGCCGUGGUAUUGACUAAAAAGUUGAUGUUCAAUAAAACCUACGAAAAGAUUGGCGUAACUGGGUCCCAUUUUAGUACCCAUGGCCACGCCAUUAGUUUGUUUGUAGUAGUUACGAACGAAUGAAAAGCGAUUGAGUGUGAGUACUAGUUUGGCCAAACGGAGUAGUGCUUCAGAGCUGGGUUCCUUAACAGUGCGAUGAUCAAAAAAAUGUUUGAGGGCCCGGAGACCUUCGUCAUUGGGAAUGACAAUAUAAAGAGAUGUAAUAUCCAUAGAGAGAAUAAGUUUGUUUUGGCCAAGGAAACUAAAGUCACGAAAAAUUUUAAGUGGGUGUUGGCUGUCCUUCAUGUAAGAUGGUAAAGUUUGACGAUAGGUGUCAUAAUUUUGUCUAAAUUGCUGGAAAUAAGUUCGGUGGGGCAACUGUAGGAAGAAGCGAUGUGUCGUCCUGAGUUUUUAGGUUUGUGGAUUUAGAUAAAAAGUAAAUACACGAAGUUCUGGCAGUGGUGAUGGUGAGAUUUUUAGCAGUGGCUGGUAAUUCUUGUUUAGCUAUAAGAUAGUUAAUCGUAUUUUUGACAAUGUUUUGGUUAAUUAAAGUGAGGUCUUUGUCGACUUUAGCAUAAAAGGAGGUGUCGGAAAGUUGCCGCAAAGCUUCUUUUUGGUAGAGGUCGGCCCGCCAACAACAACUGCGCCGCCUUUGUCGGCCGCUUAAAUGACUAUUUCUCUGCGUUUCUUGGAGUUUUUAUUGCCGACCACUCUUCCGAAGGAAGAUUGGAAAAUUUGGUGUUACGAUUGAUUUUAAGUUUGUUGAUAUCGUGGCGACAUUUUUUGAUGAAAAAAUCUUAAGAUGCGAAGUAGCAUCGUGGCGACAUUUUUUGACGAAAAAAUCUAAAGAUGGUUAACAAUUGAGUUGAAAACGUAAAUUGGCCACCGAAAAGAGUAAAAAAGCUGGUGUUUCGAGCAUUAGCCCUUCGUCAGAGCGAUUGGAGGAAUUGUGGGUUGUGUGGGAUGUUCUCGGAGGAUGGUCUAAAGAGCUCCUGGAGACGAUAGACGAGAUGUUCGGAAGCAGAGGAAAUAUGGCGCUCCAAAAGAUGCAGAAAUCUGUUAUUUCAACUAAUCAAGACUUAUGUAUAAGUGGCGCCACCAAAUUAGAGAGGAAAAUUGAACAUAUAAUCACUGACUAUAUAGAUUAAAUAUUUGGGAUCUCCUCUCUUUGCUCGCAACAUAUCUUUGAUAGAUUAUGUUUUAAUUCCAUGAGAAAUCUUAUUGAAUAUUUGUAUUUUUUCCUGUAUUUAGAUUUUAUAAGAGGAUUCUAGAGGGUUUUUCUUAGAAUGUUUUUAAUUUAUUUUAGCAGCUUUAUUGAAUCAUUGUUAAAGAGAUACAAUACCUAUGAAAGUAUAUGUAUGGAUAGAUAUUGUUUAGAAAAUUAGGUUAAUUUUAUGACAUGGCCUCUAGGCUACGCUUAGCGCCCUACUGUGCCAUUAGGAUUCAUAGCACUAAGAUGUGUAUUAUUAGAUUGAUUUAGCAAGAGGACGGGAACGUCAUUUCAGAACGGGAAAGCGCGCGGAUAAUCUGGACACGACUCUAUUUCCACUUCCGGUGUUAGCAUUGCCGUUCUCCCCAUCGAGUUCAGGACGUCCUUUCGCUGGUUUUCCCGUCGUGAUCAAAACGCCUAGGGUUUGCGUUAAUUGUGCAUUUAUAAACUAGAUAAUGCUGUUUGGAAUGAUUUCAGAACUCAUUUCCAGGAUAUCCAGUUCUCUUUCUUUUUUUUAUUAGGUGAAUUUGUGAAAAUUUAUUGCUACAUUUAUUCUGGAUUCUCGAAAAAAAACACGAUCGUUAGCAAGCGAUCCAAGAUUUUAGGGCUCAGUUACCUUUUGUAAUUGAGCGUGGCUUUAAACAACGUAAGGGCUUUUCUUUGAUACAUUUCUUAAACCAUGUAUGGAAACUCUAAGACUGGGUGCUGUUAAUUUUAUCGUGAAUUAAUUCACCAAUAAAUUAAACUUGCUUCAUGUUGAAGUUUAUUAAAAUGAAAUAACACAAAGGUUACCUGCUGUAUUAUUCAGUGUUAUUUGUUGUCAUUGUCGUUUUAACCGUGAUUGAAAAGUGUUUUGCGAAUUGAAGUCAGAGAUAAAACAACUUGAGAACGGCUCGAGUUUGCACUUUUUUAUGUCUUUAGUUUUUGAUCAGCGCCGGUGAAAACUAAGACAAGAAAGUCAUGCAAUCGCUACGAAAGAGAAUAACAAUCAACUUGAUUUCGGCACGGCUUUCUAAAUCUAUUAAUUUGAUUCAGUCUUGAACGACCUUAUUCGUUAAAAAAUUAAAUUAAAAAAAAAUAAAAUAAAACAGGAACGAAGUCUUAUUCCUCAGUCUAACCGUUUCGUUGGUGACUAGUUUGAGGGCAUUUCAUUUGUUCACGGCUAAACGGGAACUCAUUGUAAACAAAAAUGCAUUGCAACUCUAAGAGGGUGGCGCUCAAAAGAGAUGUACUAUCAUGAUUGAGAAGAAUACUCAGUAAACAAGGGAAAAACGGCGACGAUUUCAAUUCCAAAUAAUACUUUACAAGAUUAUGAAGAAAUACGAAUGCCAACAAUUGUGUUUCCUUUCGAGAAUUCAGCACAAAUGGAGCGGUAAAUUUUCCCAAAAUACACCGAAUAAACCAAAGGAAGGGACCAAGUUAUCCUGGAAAUGAUUUCUGAAAUAAUUCCUGAAAUAAUUCCAAACAGUAUUGUCUCGUUUAUAGGCGCAAAAAAUAUACGCAAAUCCCAGGCGUUUUGAUUACGAUGGGUAAACCAGCGAAAUAACGUCCUGAACUUGUUGGGGAGAACGGCAAAGCUAACACCGGAAGUCGAGAUAGAGUCGUGUCCAGACUAUCCGCGCGCUUCCUUGUUCUGAAAUGACGUUCCCGUCCUCUUGCUAAAUCACUCUUAUAAUAUUUAAUGAAAGAAGCCAACUAGCCAAGGCGGUUUUAAGUGGGGCCCAGUAAAGUAUUUAGAGAAUUCUUUUAACUUAUUCUGUAGAGAGUCAGCCCGAAAGUCUGGAAAACAGUCAUUUUGGUCUUGCAGGUAAUUUCAAUUGCUUCAGCCAAUGGUUGCUAUAAACAUUAACGGCUAUUAAAUUGUCGAAUUCAAAAAGAUGUUGGCACUUAUAGCUAGUGUUGCUAAUGUUCAUUGCAAUUGUUCUACAAUUGUAGAUAAAAGUGAGAUUACCACUCAUCCUAGUAAUGUGACAAAAACAGAAGGAGAAAACGUUACGUUACACUGUAAUGCUACUGGAUAUCCGCUCCCUACACUAUCAUGGACCAAAGAUGGGUCUGACAUAAGUAACGCUCUUAGGAUCAGCUUUUCAGCAGACAAAAAGCAGUUGGCAAUCACCAAAGCGAGCCGAGUAGACAGCGGAGUAUACCGAUGUGUGGCGUCCAACAGCCUUGGAAAUGAUACCUCCAUUGUUGCUGUUGUAGAUGUCCAAUGUAAG